GCUCACAAAAGGGGCUGGACCACACGGGGAAAAAAGGAGGAAAAGGGAAGGAAAAACAUUUUUUGACAGGAUGAACAACAGUUUUCUCAACAUGGCGUCGACGAUAGGCGACUUCGACCCGCUCAACGCGUCGAUUCCUGCCACUAAAGUUGAAAUCACAGUGUCCUGCAGAAACCUGCUGGACAGGGACACCUUCUCAAAGUCAGACCCAAUUUGUGUCCUCUACACACAAGGCAUGGGCAACAAGGAGUGGAGAGAGUUUGGGAGAACAGAGGUGAUAGACAACACGCUAAAUCCAGACUUUGUGCGGAAAUUCAUUUUGGACUAUUUCUUUGAAGAGCGACAGAACCUCCGAUUUGACCUGUAUGAUGUUGACUCUAAGAGCGCCAACCUGUCAAAACACGAUUUUCUGGGCCAGGCCCACUGCACUCUCGGAGAGGUGGUUGGAUCAUUGGGCAGCCGCUUGGAAAAAGCUCUUGGAGGCAUUCAAGGGAAGAAAUGCGGGACCAUUAUUGUGAAAGCAGAGGAGCUGAACAACUGCAGGGAAUCAGUGAUGAUGCAGUUCUGCGGCAACAAGCUGGACAAAAAGGAUUUCUUCGGCAAGUCGGACCCCUUCCUGGUCUUCUACAGGAGCAACGAGGACGGCACGUUUACCAUCUGCCACAAGACUGAGGUGAUAAAGAACACAUUGAACCCCGUGUGGCAGGCCUUUAAGAUCCCUGUUCGGGCUCUUUGCAAUGGUGAUUACGACAGAACAAUCAAGGUCGAGGUGUACGACUGGGACAGAGAUGGCAGUCACGACUUCAUUGGAGAGUUCAGCACCAGCUACAGAGAACUAUCCAGAGGGCAGAGCCAGUUCAACGUCUAUGAGGUGAUAAAUCCAAAGAAGAAGGGGAGGAAGAAAAAAUACCUCAACUCUGGAACGGUAACGCUGCUGUCAUUCCUGGUGGACAUCGAAGUCACCUUCCUGGACUACAUCAAAGGAGGGACCCAGAUUAACUUCACCGUGGCCAUUGAUUUCACAGCUUCCAAUGGUAACCCAGCCCAGCCCACCUCCCUCCACUACAUGAGUCCCUACCAGCUCAAUGCCUACGCGAUGGCCCUGAAGGCAGUCGGGGAAAUCAUCCAGGACUAUGACAGCGAUAAGAUGUUUCCUGCGCUGGGGUUCGGAGCCAAGCUGCCACCCGACGGACGGGUCUCCCACGAGUUUGCCUUGAACGGGAACCCUCAGAACCCGUACUGUGCAGGUAUUGACGGUGUGAUGGAAGCCUACUACCAGAGUCUGAAGUCAGUUCAGCUCUACGGACCCACCAACUUCUCCCCUGUCAUCAACCACGUGGCCAGGUAUGCGGCUUCAGUGAAGGACGGCUCGCAGUACUUUGUGCUCCUCAUCAUCACAGAUGGCGUCAUCUCAGACAUGGCACAGACCAAGGAGUCUAUUGUCAACGCCUCCUGUCUGCCGAUGUCGAUCAUCAUCGUAGGGGUGGGGCCCGCAGAAUUUGAUGCUAUGGUUGAGUUGGACGGUGAUGAAAUCAGAAUCUCAUCCAGAGGAAGAUAUGCUGAGAGGGACAUUGUUCAGUUUGUCCCGUUCAGGGACUACAUCGACCGGACAGGGAACCACAUCCUGAGCAUGGCCCGGCUCGCCAAAGACGUCUUGGCCGAGAUCCCAGACCAGUUCCUGUCCUACAUGAGGACCCGCGGGAUCAAGCCGUCGCCAACGCCGCCUCCCUACACACCACCAGGGCAACCCAUCCAAACCCAGAUCUGAGGAACCAGGAGGAGAAAGCUUUUGGAGUCAGGGGUUAGCUGAACUUUACGCGCGAAAUACUUCCAUUUCCCUAAAGCCGCUCUCCAUGCCUUGUCGUCGUGGAUCACGGUGGUCUUUCUCGUGUUCAGGAUGCUGCAUGUCGGGCCAGGAGAGUGUCGCUUAUAGAGGACAGGAAAAGCCAAUGAGAGUCUGUUUACUUCCACUGUCAAGCAUUCCUGUGACUGUCUGGAUUUUUUUGUUUUUCGGCCUGAGAAACCUGGAAAGGCUUCGGAGAGAGUUGAAAACAAAGUCGGAAUUCAAGCUGGGAGGAAAAGAAGGAAAUGAAGAACAGGUUUAGAAACAUCGUAAAGAGAAUGUCUCCAGAUAAAACAAAGGAAUCACUUGAUCUUUAAUGAACUUUCAUGUAAAUAACUGGACAUGUGUCACUUCUUUCUCUAUCUCUCUCUCUCUCUCUCUCUCUCUCUCUCUCUCUCUCUCUCUCUCUCUCUCUCUCUCUCUCUCCAACUCACUCAUUGUUUACAGUAAACACAACUUUUUACUGUUGAUACUUUUAUAUUCACAUUUCAGUAUGAAGCUGGUAAUAUUCUCUCUCUUUCUCUUUUUCUCUCUCUCUCUCUCUCUCUCUUUCUCCUGGCAUGUGUGUCAGGUAGCAGCAGUGCAGGUCCUGGUAGCCCUUCUGUACCGUACUGUACCGUGCUGUACCGUACUGUACUGUAUUCUGGUGUUUGUAUUAACCUUUUGCAUGAGUGUAGCCUCAGUCAAGUGCAUGCAUAUAGUGGCCCUGCACUACCUCUUCUAUCCAUCUGUCUGUCUGUCCAUCCGUCUGUCUGUCUGUGGGGGGUGAGUGUCUGUCUGCCUAUAUCUCCAUUUGUUACGACACCCUCUCUGUCUGUCUGUCUGUCUGUCUGUCUGUCUGUCUGUCUCUCUGUCUGUCUGUCUGUCUGUCUGCACUGCUCUCAGGCCUGAGGAGUCUAUAUCUGUCUCCCUGUUGCAGCUUUUCUUCCUUUCUCUCUAUCUCUCUCUCUUUCUUUUAUGCCUCUGGCACUUGAACUCGCUGUGCUUUCCAUUUUUAAAGUUAUAAUAGACGAGCUAAAGAGAAAAUAAUUGUUACGCUAACUGUAAGAGGGAAAGGUUUUAACGCGGAAUAUGAAGAAUAGCAUGACAUACCCAAAUUAUUAUUAGAGCAAUUUGAAAUGUAAAAAAUCUGUUCCACCCUUCCUCCCAGAUAUGUUGUUCCUCUGUAUUAAGUGUCAAACAUAUUCAAAAAGCCAGUAAGUGCAUUAUCAUCAUUAUUUCCAGUGCGUUUAGUGCUUUUUAGUAAUGCUAGCAACAUGGUUCUGAAUUGGUCCAGACUGGAAGACUUUUUGGAUAGAUUGCCAUUAAAUUUGCUACACACAUUCAUGUUCCCUCAGAGUGGAUUGUGAUAAUUAGUAACUGCUAGUGUGCUAAUACACUAACACACAUUAACUAUAAAGCUUGUUAAGUGUCACUGUUAGCACGUUAGCAUGCCAAGGUUAUCAUGCAGCGUAACAGAGCCACUAGCAUGGCUGUAGACUCAUAGGGCCUUUACACAGAGAAGGCAUGACAACACAAACAAGAUGCAAAACACUAGUCUGCAAAUAUUGCGCAUCAAUGAUUCAAAUUUGUGACACUUAUUAGUUAUCAGUAAUCACAUCAUUAGUUAUCAAAACAUUUUCAGUUGCCUGAACUUAAAAAAAUGAGUGAACUAGUUGCACAAAUUAUUUUGAGUUUUACCUACUACUCUUCGUCUGGUGGUGUCAACAUAAAAAAAUCUGUUUAGUGUACUAAUACAUUUGUCCCUUCAAUCAAUAAGAAGUUUUCUCAACAAAUUCUGUCAAGUUUUAACAACUAAAAUUAAGUUUGUCCCAGCAAAAAUUAGCAACAUUGCACGUAAAAAAUAUUCAGUUGCCUCAACUUAAAAAAAUAUAUUUUGAGUUUUGAGAACUUCUGUCAAGUUCUGACAAAUCAAAAUAAUGUCUAGGGCUUUUAUUGUGAAAGAUAAGAGCGUGAGGAGUCAAUUUAGUAUGCGCUGCCUUUGUCAAGCUAGAAAGAAGUAAAAAAAGUUUGCUGUCUUGGUUUGGAGCCUCAUAAGUGUACAUGCAACUCAUAGAGCUCAGCUACACUAUUAGUGUACGUUUUGAAUAAGGCCACACAAUCUGAUUGGUUGAUGACUUCAUUUGUGGUGCAAAACAAAAUUGACAUGCAAAGUAAUUGUACAAAAAAAACGUCACUAGCGUGUAAAGGCCUUAAGCCUUGUGUUUUGGCCCAGAACAAAUGUUUUACAUUUCAAAUCCCAAUUUGUUGUUACAGCAUUUCAUAUUUAUGCAUUUAUUUAUUUGACUUGUGAAUGGAAACAUAGCUUCUCUCUCUCUCUCUCUCUCUCUCUCUCUCUCUCUCUCUCUCUCUCUCUCUCUCUCUCUCUCUCUCUCUCUCUCUCUCUCUCUCUCCUCCUCCUCCUCCUCCAAACUGCCUUGGCAAUAUGAUGCCCACGUGCCCAGGGGUUUCGUCUCAUCGUGUCGUCUAACACCACGUCCCCGCCCCAUGUUUAAAACGACAGCAGCUGCUCUCAAACUAAAUACUGUUUGAGCAUAAAGAGCCCAGUGGUCAAAAAUGCAGAGAAAAACACACUUUCCCUAUGUUGGCUUUUUGUUCCAUUAGAUUUUUUUCAGUGUGUACUUUUUAUUGCACCUUUAGCUUUGAUAUAGCUUUUAUAUGUUUGUUUUUAUGAUGUGUAUUUUUAUGUGCCAAUCACGUGUAAAAGGACGAUCUGCGUGAUUCCUGUCAGUCGCAGACAAAAAGUUUCCAAUUUUACAUUGUUUCUGAAUGACGUCUAAUGAAGAAUGAGUUGUGUUUCUGUUCUGAAUGUGGAGCGAGCGUUCAGUGUCAUAAUGUGUUUCACUGAUGAGUGUUCAUGUGAAAAAAGUUACACGACUCUCCUUCAGAGAGUUGUGUAACAUAAUGUGGAAAUGCAGGAAAAUUUUAAGAUUAUGAGUGAAUUGUAUUGCAGCACCAACAAUGUGAAAGGAUUUCUAACUCCCUAAAAUAGUCUUAAAUUCUGGUAAAAAUAUUAUUAUUAUUAUUCAUUAUUAUUAUUUUGUAUGACUACCACCCCAUCCACUGACUUACACUGUUGUCUUAUAACUAGAAGCCUUCUUAAAAAUGCAUUGUUAUGUAUUAUCAACCCAACACCACUUACACACACCAUUUACACUAGGUUUUCCAUAUUGUGUGAUUUAGGUGUUACUGACAAGAUUUUCAAGAUUUUAUUCCAUACAAUAGUCAGAUGAUUACUGCAACAAUGCAUUAGUACAAUUGUAGUAAAAGAGAAAAUCAGAGCUGGGGGAAAGGGGUAAUAUUCAUAGAAAAAAAUGGAUUUCCAGCAUCAAUGUGGUGAAGAUAUGAGAUAAAACUCACCAAUCCUUGGAUCUUUCCAUUACGAUGAAGCUGUAUGAAAUCUUUCACCUCAUCCAAAUCAGUAUGGCACAGCAGACUCUGGAUGCUGAUUUUCGGGAGUGAAGUGAAGCAAUUUGGUUCAUUGGCCAAAAACUAUUAAAAACAAAAACAUUUUUGCUGUAAAUCUCUGACUUUAUAAUCAGAGAUUAGUCAAAUUGUUUCUUGUACAUUUGUGAGUUUUUCCUUGUAGACUAAUUACUUUUUAAUGUCCAAGAACAUUGAAGUUUUUUCUUGGAAAUUUGUGACUUAAAUCAGAUAAUUUCUGAGUUUUUUCCUGCAAAUUUGGGACUUUGUAACGUCAGACAAUAUUCAAGUUUUUUUUCUUGACAAUUUGUGACUCUAUCUUACCUUUAUGACUUCAGUCUUGGAAUAUUUCCCCACUUCCCUGGCUCACUUUUUUGUUUUU